GCUCAGUAUCAGUUGACGUUUGACUUUCGAACGGUACUGGCCGUUGCGAGGGAAAGGCGCUGUCAAAGUUAAAUUAGCGCCAUUUCUUGGUUAUAUUUUGAUGUUUUUAAAGUUAUUUUGAGUGACAGGGUGAUGAUAUUGAUUUUAUUUAGUUAAUUUAAAUUAUUUAAUUUAGAAUAUAGAGCAUUAAAGAUAGUUUAAUAAAAGACUUGCUUGAAAUAAAUGCAUUUAUUAAGGUAUGUGAUAGUGUUGAAGUGAAAGUGAUAUAUUUUUGGAUGUUAAAAAUGCAAUCCUCGUUAUGUUUGUGGGGUGGACUGGUUAUAGUGCUUGGAGUUUUAAUAGAUGUCACGCAUCCACUCUGCGUGUUGGAGUCAGACUUCGGUUUCAAAAUCAACUGCGCCUUCAAGAAAUCAGGUCUCUUCAGGGUGCGGAACUUAGGGGGUAUUAAAGCGCACGCCAGUCUAGGGUUUAGUUUAGGAGACGAGCUGGGUUUUGAGCAGUCGCUAACAAAUUUGGACCCAAGCAGAAGGAGAUCAGUAAGCUUCAAGAAUGGCGCGCCCAACGUCCUUGUCGAUGCAUCAAGUAGGACCCCUGCUAAGCAAGAGAAACGUGGCAAACAAAACAGGAUCAUGAUGAGACCAGUAUCCUCGGCGGCCCGUCCGAACCAGGCCGCAAUGGACAAGCUAUCCAGUCUCCACCGCCGCGUUUCCAGCACCAUGCAGCCAAUCAUUGUACCCACCAUAGCCUCGCCCAAUACUAUGACUAUGGCGAAGCCCACGAUCACACUCGCCAAGCCUAUGCCGAUGGGAGUUCCGCCAUUCAGACCAUUGCCGCCCAAAGAAGAUACGCUAAAGGUUCUACCAAUAGCAUCAACUCAAGCAUAUUCGCCGCUCGCUCCGCAGUCGAAAGGUCCCGGACUCGCCUAUCAAAGUGAGAACACACAUUCAUCACAAGACAACUUAUCAAAAAUGGUGUCACACAUGACAGCAAUACAAUACGGACAGCCGUUCCCAUCAAGCAUCACUCCAACCCCAAUCAUUAACACACGCAUCUACACCGUACCCACUCCAGUCAACCCGUUCGUGCCCAUGCCAGUAGCGGCUCCACCCACACAAGCGAUAUCAGUCGUACCCGCACCAGGCUUUCAUAACUCACCAUAUCCGUCUGACACUAACUCAAAUUCUUUCCGCAAAACCAUCAAUCCUUUUUCUAACUUUGUAGACCCCCACAUACAAGAUGCGAGCCAAUAUACUAAUACGAAGAAAGUGGAUGACUACAACACGAUAUCAGGUUAUGGAGAUGAUACAGCGCUGAAGUUCAGUAAAGAAGAUAUAAAUGAGAAGAUAGCCGAGAUAGCGAAAGCGGGAAAUAUUUCAAUGGAGGCGGUUGAAGCGGCGAUUGCUUUAAGGCAGCAGCAAUUACUGAACAAGUACGCUAACAUACCGAUCCCAACGACGCCGUCUACUUCAACCACCACGACCGAAGAACUGCCGGUAUUCCAAACACAACCGGAACCGGAAAUUGUAGUUGCGUCCGUGCAGCAGAAACCAAAGAGAAACCCAACAACGGGUAAGGUGAUGAACGCCCCGCGGGAGUAUUAUCCAGUCGGCUACGAAAAGAACUUCGACGACCAUUUCCAAUCCAAGGUAGACCUGCCGGAGACCAACUUCCACUGCGGAGACCAAAAGUACUUCCCCGGACUUUAUGGAGAUGAGAGUCUCGGUUGUAUGGUAUUCCAUGUAUGCGCUUUAACCGACGACGGUCUGGUAAUGAAGUCUUUCCUCUGUCCGGAGUCCACUCUCUUCGACCAAACGAUCCUUAAAUGCAACUGGUGGUUCUACGUGGACUGUAAGAACACCGCGCGACUCUACGACACCAACAUUCCUGUCUCCAAGAGCUACCAGCUCAUGAAAGCGCUUACAUUCUUCUCCUCUUACAAGAAAGAGAUGCAAGAUGGCAAUUCAAUGAAUCCAGAAGAUGUGGACGGUAUUAAAGAGGCUAUAACAAUACUAGAAAACCAAGACACCAAGGCAGCUCAGAGUAAUGUUGAUGAAAGUAUACAAAUAGUGACACCACAGCCAGUUAUUAUUGACGAAAGAAAUAAUCACAGAACACAAUACUCAGAAACAAGCGCACCGGUGUACCGCGGUACUCGACAAUUUACCAAUUCUACUGAAAGAAGAAACGCAAGACGAAACGAGACGAAGAGUCAAGAAACAACCGAUGAUUUUAAACUAAUAACAGUCAAUGCAAAUAUGAACUUUACUAAACCAUCUGGUUUCAUGUUAACAGAGAAUAGUCCAAAGACUUCAGCUGAAAGUUCAGAAAGAAAAUACAGAAGACGUAUGACUUUAAGAUAUUCACCAACAACACAAGAAACAACAACAACCACGACCUUUAAACCAUUAGAAUUGACAACAUUUACGUCAUCGUUAGUAGAAAUAAUGAAGAAAGAGAUUCAACCGAUGGAAAAUUUCACACAAGUCAAACAGGAGAAACUAACUGAUCAAAUAGACCAAACUAUAGUAAACGAAUCCGAAAGUAAAUCUCCUAUUAAAAGAUUUUAUAGAUCUAGCGCUGAAAGUUAUAAAGAUGAACGAGAAUUUGAAAUAAUUAACGACAAAAAAGUUCAAAUCGUAAAACCAACAACAAGUGCACAACUUGUAGGACAAAAUCCAAGUACAACUGCCGCCAUAGCUAAAUUAGAUGAAGCAGUUUUAGGAAGCAGUAAUCAAAGACGAAACACAGUCGUUUCAGACAAAACCGGCGAGUUUCUAAGUCCAGACCGAGGAACGUAGUCCAAAUUAGUGUAGUCAAUAGUUAAGUGUCAUAAACCUCUUGUUAAUUUAUUUAUUACUCAGAUACGUAAGCUUAGGCAAAUGUACUGUUGUUACGUAUUUGCUCAAUUACUUUAGUCUAGUUGAGGAGUCGAGGUUCAGUCAAGUGAUAUUACGGUGUAUGCUUUAGUUAUUUAGAAUAAAACUUGUUUCCUAA